CUUAGGUUAAAAAUGUAGGUCAAUUUGAAAUAAACAUGUUUUUAAAAGGUAUUUCUUAUAAAUUAAGUGAACACAUAUUAAAAUUAGUAAUAAAGGAAAAACAAAUGUCUAGCAAGAAUGAUAACAUAGAUAUAUACAAAUAUGUCAAUGAUUAUAAACAUACGGGAAGAAUUUUUUUCUAAUAUGUCAUCCCAAAAGGCAAUGGAAUUCUUCCAAUGAUCAGAGGAAACAAGUUAUGAAGGAAAUGAAACUUUAUUU